CACUUAAAGUACAUGCCUCAGUGUGUACACCAGAGACCGAACGGCAGGUUGACUAGCUAAAGCCAGAUCUACAAUAUUAAGAAGCAAAGAAGAUUAUCAAGCCACAAAUCACGCAAGGUGAAGGAGUCAAGGAAAUUAGAAAUAUUGAGUUUGAAAAAAGAACGGAAUGGUUUGAAGAAACUUCAUAAUUUAUGACGAAAACCAAGGACAAACACGCUAUGGAUUAUAAUUUUGUUGAAGGAGUGAUGCUGUGAUAUCAGUGUCAAAAAACUGAGAGCAUCUUGAAACCUGUGGGUAGGAAAGAAAAAACAACUUCCUGUGCCAGGAACAAGGCGGCUAAACACAUUAUCCGCUACAUCUAAGCGAGAGAUGCAUGAAGAGCAACAAAGGACAUUGAGUGACGUGAACGCUAAACUUUACUCAUCCUAAAUUGAAGAUGAACAGUUCACACAGAAACUGCACGAAAGAUGAAUUCAAAUACGUCUUGUAUAGCACAGUUUUCAGUAUAGUCUUCAUUCUGGGGUUGAUCUUCAACAUGGUGGCCUUGUACAUUUUCCUAUGCAGACUAAAAGUGCGCAAUGAAACCACGACCUACAUGCUAAACCUCAUUGUGUCGGAUACGCUCUUCGUCCUCAGUCUACCAUUCAGGACGUUUUACUUCCUUAACAGAACGUGGCCCUUUGGCCAUGCUUUCUGCAAAAUCUCAGUGGCCUUGUUCUACACCAACAUGUACGGCAGUAUCCUCUUUCUGACGUGCAUCAGCGUGGAUCGCUUCCUGGCUAUCGUUUACCCCUUCGCAUCCAGGACUCUGAGGACCAAACGCAAUGCGAGAAUAGCCUGUUGUGUGGUCUGGAUAGUUCUGCUAUCAGGCGGCUUACCCACAGGCUUUUUGAUGGACACUACAUCGUCCAAUGACAAAAAGUACUGCUUCGAAAAGUUUUCAAACUCGCAGUGGGUGUCCAAGGUCUCUAAAGUGGUGGUCUUUAUGGAGACGGUGGGCUUCUUGAUUCCCCUCAUGAUAAACUUCAUCUGCUCCAUGAAGGUCCUGCAGACCCUACGGCACCCGGAGAGCCUCAACCGGGGAGGGCAACUCAACAAAGCCAAGAUCUUGCGCAUGAUCGUGGUGCACUUGCUCAUUUUCUGUUUUUGCUUCAUCCCGUUCAAUGUAAACCUGGUGUUCUACACGCUGGUGCGAAGUCAGGUUAUUACAAACUGCAUCGUGGAGUCGGUGGUCCGGACCAUUUAUCCAAUCGCAUUCUGCAUAGCGGUGACCAACUGCUGCUUUGAUCCCGUGAUCUAUUACUUCACCUCGGAAACCAUCCAGAACUCCAUUAAACGCAAACCCAAAUCUGUCCAUAAAAACACUCUGAACAAUACAAUUGACAAUGUAGAUAAUUUGAGAAAUGACUGUAUAAAUAAAACCUCAUCUUUACAAGAUAAAUUUAUCAGCGAUGAGUCUUCAGUGUGACUAAAGCCAAGGUGGCAAAUCUCAGACAGGAAAAAUUAUACACCACUAGCAGAAGCUGAUGUGCCAAGAAUGUUCUCCGUUUCCCAGUAAUGACUUCAGAACACAAAGAUAUUUUGGACGCAUACAACCUACUAAUGAUCAAUGAAUUUGAAUUCACAAAUAUAUUUUAAGUGUUAUUGUUUUUGGCUGCUCUUUGAUGGCGUUUACAAUAUCUACUGUAACAGCUGACCGAUCUUAAUUAUUAAAUGUGAUGUAUAUGCAUAUUACAUAUAACUUGAAUUAGUAACAAAUGUGACUUUCAGUGUUAAACAAUUUUAUGAACAGUAGAUUAUAUGCUGUCAUUCUGAAACCUUGUAUCUACACAUUUGCUUGUUUUCAGGAAACUGAAUAAACACUGUACUUUUAAAUGAUUACAUCCUUUUUAUUGGUUAGAUAUUUGCCAAACCCAGUGAGAAACAUAAAUGGUGACUAAUAAUAAUGAUUUAUGACAAAAAAAUAAAUCAUGAAAUAUGGCGAUACGUGGAUUCAGACGGACAGCAGCGAUGUGUAAAGGUGCUCAAACGUUUGAUUUUACAUUAGAAAUGUCAAACCUUGAGUUUGACAUUUUUGCCUAUCCAUAUUGCUGUAGAUAUACAGUUUUAUUCCCUAUUAAACAGGCAAUUAAAAAUCUGGUUUGUCAAGUAAAUUUCACAUCUAUUAUUACAAAACAAAAGACAUUGAUGCUUCCCAAAAAAUGAUUCCCAGCUAUUUCCAGGAACAAACUCUUGGUAUUGUUUUCCAUGCCAAGCCGUCACUAAAACAAACUCCAAUUAUAUCUGCUCAGUUUAAGUACAAGCACUUCCCAAGGAAAGGGAGCAGCCUGUAGACCAAAAUGACACACCGUAUGUUUAUGUGUAAUGAUGAUAUCGGCGCUGGUCAUUGUAGAAAAUGAAGCUGAUGACGUCCAUGUCUGCAGGGUGCGACCGCUGGGAUUUCACAGCAGCAGCUCAAGCAUAGUUUCAUUUUUUAUGAUUGAAUCAUUCUUUCAGGAUGAUUUAUGAUAUCUAUUAUUUCGCAAUGAAAUGUUACUAUGAAAGAUUUUUUUUAUUACGUUUCAUGAGAGAACUAAACAAAUUCAAAAGAGCAAAAUCAUGUGUUCAGAAGACUUAAACAGGACUGAACACGUUGCUCCAUCACCCUGCAUUCCUUGCAUAAUCGCAUGCCUGGGGGCCACACUUCCACACAUUCAAAUCAUGCUGGUAAAGCAUUUCUUUUAUAAUGUAACAGUUGAAUAAAAACUGUGUCAUUAUUAACUCAUGUUCAUGUUGUUUCGAACAAGUACGACCUACUUUCUUCUGUAAAACAACUUAGUCCCGUUGCUAGGGUUGGAGGGGAUAGGGGGCUUAGUCCCCUCAGAACAUUUUCAUGUAUGCGUUGUGUAUAUGUAUAUGUUCGUUGGGAUAGAACCCAUGACUUUUGAGUUGCCAGCACAAUGCUCUACCAAUUGAACUACAGGAACAUGGGGAAAACAUAUAUAA